AUGUGGUCAGUGUGGGGGUCAGGGACAAAUGUGGGGGUGUGUGCUAGCUGUGGGGUCCGAGGCUAUGUGGGGGUGAUGUGUCAGCUGUGGGGGGUCGGGCAUAUGUGGGGGUGUUGUGGCAGCUGUGGGGGUCGGGCAAUGUGGGGUGGAUGUGGUCAUGAUGUCGGGGGUCCCGGGCAAUGUGGGGGGUUGAUGUGGUCAGCUGUGGGGGUCCGGGAAUUGUGGGGGUUGAUGUGUCAGCUGUGGGGGUCAGGGCAAUGUGGGGGUGUUGUGUCUCAUGAUGUGGGUGGUCAGGUGAUGCAGGGGGUGUUGUGGUCUGAUGUGGGGGUCCGGGCAUAG